AACAGCUCUGGGUUAUAAGAGCAUGUCGUGGUAGGCCUAUACGAAAGCCGGGACGGCCAGUCCCUGCUCAGUGAUCGACUAGACGCCAGAGUGACCUUUGGCUGGAGUGACCUCUGGUGCGGGCACAAAUGGGCCCCCCGAUCGCUGAACGCGAAGCGGCAGCAGCGGCUUGUGCGCUCAGGUUUGGCCACUCCGCGUCCCCCGUUAAGCCGCGCACCAAAGGUCACUUGUGCUUACAGCCGGGGCGCUGACUAAAGAACCCUUUUCGUUGGGGAGGGGCUCGGUGCUCCUUCAUUGUUUUACAGUUUGCCCUGGAUUUUCCUCAGGUCUUCCAUGGGAAAUCGAAGUUUCACUUAUGGGAAAAGGGGGCCUCGUUCCUUACUUCGGGCUCCCUAGGCCCACGCCCCGACUGUAGGGCCACUCCUUGGCGUGUAGCCGACAUGAGGGAGAUCGCCGGCCCUGACUGCGGCCGCCCCGGCCGCCUGCGGGCCGCGCUGGCCGCCACCCGCCUCUCGGACAUGAACGCCAGGGACCAGCGCUUCGCGACCUGCGACGGCGCCUGCGCCUCCUUCGAGGAGCUGACCCGCAGGGACCUCGGCGCCGGCGAUCAGCUCGACAAGGCGACCAGCGAGUGCAAGCUGGAGCUGCUGGUCCGGCGCACCUCGGAGCUGCUGAACCCUGCGCGCGUGGAGAAUUCGGACGACGAGGUCGCCCGGGCACCAGCUGUAUGCACACUUGCACCUGUCCUCGAGGAGCAAAGGACGGCAUAAACAUCAACGUCCGGAGCUCCGCGCAGAUCUCUUGGAUCCGCGUUGCCCCCCCCCCCCCCCCCCCCCUUCCUCCUCUCCUCUCCUC